AUGAGGAAGGUCAUGCCAGGGUUAGUAGGAGAGACACAGAGUGCGUUUGUGAAGGGCAGAAAAAUUCAUGAUGGGGCAUUGAUAACCUGUGAGACUGUGCAGUGGCUGAAGGCUAGGAAGAGGAGUGUCGCGAUUAUUAAACUUGAUUUUCAAAAGGCAUACGACUGGGUCAAAUGGAGUUUUGUGGAUAUUGUUUUGCAGAAGAUGGGCUUCGACAUAUAUGGAAGGGGGUGGAUUAAGGAGUGUGUCUGCUCUGCGUCUAUGUCGGUUCUGAUAAAUGGGUCCCCCACUAAGCCUUUCAAGAUGGAAAGGGGACUUCGACAAGGAGACCCUUUUAUCUCCGUUUCUGUUUGUGCUAGUUGUUGA